AUGCGGCAGUUAGCAGCAGCCGUGACGGAGUGUCAUCGUCGGCAAAUAGUACACCGAGACAUCAAGCCAGCCAAUAUCUUACGCCGCCGGUGUCGAUUCCUGCUGGCAGAUUUUGGGUUGGCCGAAACACUUACCACCACCCAACCCCUGCUCACCGAACCAGCAGGAACCAUGGUGUACUGGGCACCGGAACAGCGGAGGCUAGAGCCGUAUGACACGUCCGUCGACCUGUGGGCGUUGGGGUUAGUGGCCGUAGAGGUGGCGACCGGCCUACCGUGCCGUCAAGGAGGAACAGCAUUGGGCCUCAUCCCUGGACGACAAAUACCGUGCGGAGAUGGAGCGGUUGAGAUUCCCCGUCCGAUGGUACAUCGAAGGUUUGCUCCAGGAUAA